UAGAAAUGUCCGAGUUCUGGAAAUCAAAUCCGCGUAAAUUUUGCGACUUCUGCAAAUGCUGGCUCGCGGACAACAAAAUUUCAAUCAGCAUCCACGAGAAUGGAAAAGGCCACAAGGAGAUGGUCCAAAAGAAGAUCUCAUCGUCCCAUAAAGCCAGUGUGAAAAAGGAAAAGGAGGAAGUUCAGGCCAAGAAACUAUUUCAACAAAUGGAGAAAAAUGCAAACAAAGCUUAUGAAAAGGACCUUGGAAAUGUAUCAUCUACAGCGCCUGCCUUUUUCGAAAGUGUUUCUAUUGGUCCGGGAAAAAGUAAUCAGAAUCCAGAUGCGAAAGGUCAGAAACAAAAACGAACUCAUGAUUCGAAAAGCGGUAGCAAGAAGUUUAGCAAGCAUCCAAAAAUGGAACCGAAUGAUGAACCAGAAAACUCAUUGGAGCCCGAGUGGUUUGAGUUUAAAACCAACUCGGGUCAGCCUUAUUUUAUACAUGUAGAAACUAACGAGACAACUUGGGUCAAACCGGAGGACGCAGUUAUCAUGAAGGUACACGACAACGUCGCUGUCGCAGAAACGAAAUCUCAGGACGGCGAAAAAUCUGAACCCGAGAAAAAAGGUAGUGCUUUUCGGGAUGUUUCAACAGUUACGGGGUACCGCAGUAGCGCGGAAGUUAACGGUAGUACAGUUAAAAUGGAAGCAAGAGAAGGGGCGAAGGGACGCGAACUAGCCUACGGAUCUUUUCAAUUGGUUGCAAAUGAUAACCAAUCAGAUUCGACUAAGUUCCCAAUUAAGCUGGAUCUGCCUGAACAAACUGAUAAUUCGCAUUUGUUUUCACAUUGA